CAAUAAAUGACUAAAAAUUCAAUACCAAGCACAAAAUAUAAAAACUGUUUCAAUUUGAUGCCAAAAACGAUCUAAAAAUUACUUAAUAAUUUAUUUUAACGAAUUUGCACUUAACUUGCACUUGCACCAAAUAUGAUAAAAUUAAAGUCAUUGUUCCGUAGAGGACAAGGACCAUCUGGUUCAUCCAAACAUUCCAAUAAUAAUAGCAGCAAUAAUCGUAACAAAUCACAAUCGACAACAUCACUAAAUACGAUAACUGAUAACGAACAGCGUCAGCAGCAGCAGCAGCAGCAACAACAACAACACCAACUGCAACAACAGCAACAACGACAACAAUCACAAACACCCACAGUAACAACGAAAUUUUAUCAAAAAGUUGAUCCAGCCUCUGAGCGUGGCAUUGAUAUAGGUGAUGCUGAACUGAAUAACGCAGCAAUAACACGGAGCGGUACACCGGAUUCAAUACAGAGUUCACACUCUAAUACCUUGCCACACAAGAAAACCAAAUUGGCCGCUAAAAAAGGUCAAAAACAGCCAAAACAAGUACCAGUACUGCCAUCACAAACAAUACCAACGACAACAACAGCAACAGCAACUGAAGUAGCAACAUUUGUUGGUGGUGCAUAUCAGCCAGCAACUGCAUUUAUAGCACCAACAUCAAUAGCUGUGCAGCAAGUCAGCAAUGCUGAUGUAAUGACGACAAUCGCUUUAUCACCCGGAAAUCAAAAUUCCGCGGUUCCCACACUAACAGCACCAACGGCAGCUGCUCUCAAUAAUAACUAUUCAGGAAAUGUUGCUGCAACAACUACUGCACAGGCAGCAGCAGCAGCAGUAGCUCCUAUACCAAAUGACCGCAGCAAUGAUUUGUACCAGUUAAACUCAGUAAUUGCCGCUGCUAAUUACGAAUAUCAAUUAAUCAAUAACGAGCAACAGCACCUUCAGUUAAUAGAGGCUAACAGCAAAAUGCAAGAAUUGCAGACACAAUUAGAGCAAUUGGGACGUGAGAAACUUAGUUUGGAAGCACGUGUUUCGGAACUAAUGCCGUACCAAAGCGAAGUGGGAAAAUUGAAAUCGGAAUUGCUCAAAAUGCAGGCCUUACAAGAGAAAAGCCAAAUGGAAAUUGUGAAUUUGAAAUACGAAAAUGAGUCGUUGCGCAAUCGUUUGCGCGACGUUGUCAAUUCGCCGCUGUCAGAUGCGGAAAAACAUCAAAUCAUACAAGACUCUCAAAGAUUGCAUAGUUCAGCACCAGCAUCAAUUGCAUUACCAAGUGCAACUGAAAUUGAUAGCGGUACCCCAUGUCUGACACCGGAUUGGGAUAAGCAUUCCUCCUCAAGCGAAAUAUCAGUAGCAUGUCUACAGGAUAAAAUUAUACAAAUGGAAGAAACGCACUACUCAACCAAUGAAGAGUUACAAGCUACUCUACAAGAACUUGCAGACUUACAAUCACAGCUUAGUGAUGCACAAACAGAAAACGAACGUCUUGCUGAGGAGAAAGAUGUGCUCUUUCAAUCACUUUGUCGCCAGACUGAGAAACUUAACGAAUCUCGUACACAGAUUACAACAUUACAAGAAUUGCUACUGAGAGAUGCAAAGCAAGCAGAAAUUAGUACUUCCGAGCGUGAAAAGAAAUUACUUGAUCUGAUAAAAACGUCUCAGGAAGAACGAGAGACAAUUUUAGUAAAACAAGAAGAAUUGAACUCUGAACUACAAGAACUACGCCUCUCUGUGGAGGCUUCUAAUCAAGAUAAUAAUCGUUUUCGUGAACGCAUUGCACUAUUGGACUCAACUGUUGAUGCCGCCAAUGCAGAACGUAAACAAAUGGAAGCGCAACUAUUGCAAGCCAAAGAAGAAAUAUCACAGCGUACCAUAGAAAUAAAUCGUCUCACAACGCUUUUGGAUAAUGCACGCUCAAAAAUCGAUGAACUCGAACAAGAUUUAGCGCGUGGUGAAAAAACCGAUCUUUCGGAUCUGUUAGAUGCAGCACGUAAAGAAAAGGACACACUUGAAGAACGUGUUGCAGAAAUACAAGAUCAAUACUCACGUAGUCAAGCAGAGAUACGACGCUUGAAAGAACAAUUGUCUGUAUUGAAUGAGGAGUGUAAAGUUGCUAAGAAUAAUGCCAAAUGCGCUGUUUCACAUUUGGAAUAUCGCUUGGAACAACUACAGCAAGAGAAAGAUAAAUUGAGCAGUGAGUUUCAGCAGUUAACGGAGAGCACAGCUGAACUACAGGUGCAAUGCAAAUGUCAUCUGGAGGACAAAACCCAAUUGCAAAAUUUAUUAAGUGAAACACAAAAACAUUUAGGUGAUGCUGAAAGGAAACUUAAUGAAAGCGAAGAACUGCUAGAGAAGGAAGUUAGUUUACGGAAACAAGAGGCUGAGGAAUGGCAACAGUUCCAAUCGGAUCUACUGAUGACUGUACGUGUUGCAAACGAUUUUAAGACUGAAGCUUUAAGUGCACGCGAGCAAUUAGUGCUCGAUAAUAAAACACAGAAGGAGAAAAUACGACUGCUUGAACAGCAAAUUGAUAAAUUAACAAAACAACAACUGCAACAAAACGAAACGCAACAAUCCGUUUUGUCUACUGUACAACAGGAAAUGGCAUCACGACGUAAUAAAGUCGGAAUUCUAAAUAGGCAAGAUUCUCGUCUAUCUGUGAAGACUUUAAUCGAGAGCAUCGAAAACAAUAAACAGUCUAAAACUGAAGAAACCGAUCCACAUUUAAAUUCUUCAUCACCUAUUAUAAAUAAUACCACACCUGAAACUACACCAAAUAUUUUACCAGUAACAAAUAACAUUUCUAAUGAUUGGUCAGAAAAUGUCCGUUUACCUGUUGUAAGUAAUGUAUCGACUUUGACCUCUAAAGUACCACUAAGAGAGCAGCAAAAUCAAAGUUUAGUAACAAAUCUACACAUCAGUGGUCUAAAUAAUGUCUCAAAAUCACUACUCAAUGGCGAGCGUAAAGAUCCUUUAAAUAUGCUGGCAAAAAAUGGUGGAUCAAAGCGCAAUGCAUUGCUUAAAUGGUGUCAGAACAAAACAGUGGGUUAUAGAAAUAUUGACAUAACAAAUUUUAGCUCAUCCUGGAAUGAUGGUUUAGCACUUUGUGCGAUAUUACAUUCCUAUUUACCUGAUCGCAUUCCAUAUGAUACUCUCAGUCAAACGAACAAACGUAGAAACUUUUCAUUAGCUUUUGCGGCAGCUGAAUCAGUUGGUAUAUCAACAACUUUGAAUAUAAAUGACAUGUGUCAAAUUGAACGGCCUGAUUGGACGCAAGUGAUGACGUAUGUGACCGCAAUUUAUAAACAUUUCGAAACGUAGUCAUUAUUUUAUUAUUCUUUCUUAAGCUUUUUUGAAUUAAUAUAUGUUUU